AUGAAAAAAUUAAAUAUUCGUCAAUUUGGUAUUGGAACAUUAAUGAAAUAUGCUCCAUUAAUAUCAUCAGAUUCAAAAUAUGUAUUUACAAUUGGUGAUGGUUGUAUUUAUGUGUGGAUUGUUAAAACAGGUGAAUGUUUAAGAUUAAUUAAUAAUAAUUCAAAUUCAUCUGAUCAACAAACAAUUAUUGGGAUGACGAUUAAUCCAAAUAAUCGAUUACAAUUAUGUGUUGGAGAACAAAAUGGAAAUAUCAAUGUUUGGGAUUAUGAAGAUGGAAUUCUUAUUCAUACAAUAAAACUUGAAAUGGAACUUAUUCAUUUACAUUCGAUUGCUAAUAAUGGUUUAUACGUUUUUUUAAAAAAUCUUAAUAAAAAUGUUUAUUCACUUAAUCGAAUUGAAUCAGUUCGUCAUAAUUGUACACCAAUAAAUCUAUUUGAUAAACUUCCAUGUCAACCAACAUCGAUUUCAUAUAAUCAAAAAGGUGAAUAUUGUGUAUUUGUAAAUGUUGAUGGAACAAUAAUAUAUUUAUUAAAUUUAUUAAAUAAUCAACUAAAACCUUAUCCAAUAACAAAACAAAAUUUAUCUUUUCAUGAGAAAAUAAUUUGUUCACAAAUUCAUCCAACAGAAGAAUGUAUUGCAUUAGGAACACAAUCUGGACGAAUUGCUCUUUGGUAUAAUUAUUUAAAUUCAACAACAAAAGAACCAACAAUAUCAUAUUUACAUUGGCAUUCAUUACCUGUUCUUUGUUUAGGAUUUUCAUUUGAUGGUUCAUAUUUAUUAUCGGGUGGUCAUGAAUGUGUACUUGUUAAAUGGCUUUAUAGAAAAAGUGAACCAACAUUUCUUCCACGAUUAGGUGCACCAAUAAUUCAUGUUAAUGCAUCAAAUGAUCAAACAUUUUAUGCAUGCACUCAUUCAGAUAAUACUCUUCAUUUAAUUGGAAGUAAUUUAUCAAUACAACAAACUAUUGGAGGAAUUAAUCAUAUGUUUUUACCACAACAAGCUUCAUUACCUGCCGGUAUUCAUGUGUUUUCACGUCAACAAGCACUUGUUAUGAAUAGUGGAAAACCUGGUUAUCUUCAAUUUCUAUCAAUUGAUAAUGGAAAAUUACUUUAUAAUUUGGAUAUUGUUGGAGAAAAUUAUGUUUCACCAAAUGAAAUGACUGAACAAUGUCUUUUUACAGAUAUUAAACGUUUAGCUAUUGAUCCAACAGAUACAUGGUUAGUUACAUUUGAAGAAUGUUCAUCAAAUGCAAAUACUGAUGAUCAUCAAAAUGAAAGAAAACUUCGAUUUUGGAAAUUUAAUUUAAAUAAUAAUCAAUUUGAAUUAAAUACAACAAUAACAUAUCCACAUGGACAAGAAACAUUAAAUCAAAUGUUAUUUCAUCCAAAUAAACUUGAAUUAGCAACAACUGGAAAUGAUGGAUUUUUAAAAGUUUGGACUCUUGUUCAAGAAAAUCCUAUUACAAAACGUGUAUCCCACUGGCGUUGUUUAUCUGGUUAUACACAUCGUUCUUAUUCAAGUUCAGCAUUAUGUUAUUAUAAAUUAUCAUCAUCUUCAAAUAUAAAUUUAUGUUGUUCAUUUGAACAUUUGGUAACAGUUUGGAUUGAUACAAUAAAUGAUUUAAAUGAAGAAUCUCGUUAUGAAUAUUCACGUUGUUUUGCUCAUUUUGAUCGAAAAAAUCCUGUUGAAUAUAUUCAAUCAGAUUCUGAUCAAAUCCUUGUUUGUCAUAAAACAUUAGUUAAUUUAUGGAAUUGUUUAAAUGGACAAUUUAUUAAAUCAUUUUCUUGGCAUGUUCAUGCUAUUGCUAAAGAUCCAAGAUCAUCAUUUAUUGCUCUUUUUGAUAAAAGUUUUCUUCAUUUUUAUUCAUUUUCUGAUGGUAAAUGUCAUUCACGUAAAAGUUCUUUAUUUCGUCGUGUUGCAUCAUGUGCAUAUAUCCCAAAUGAUAAAUCAUCUUCAUUUGUACCACUUCAACAUUCAAGAUUAAUAUUUUAUAUUCAACAAGAAGGUUUAAAAACCUUUAUUGAUGAUGAUGAAGAUGAUAAUAAAAGUUUAAUUCCAAUCAAUGGUAAAUUAGAUGAAACAGAUAAUGAAAAAACUAUUUUAUCAAAUUUAAUUCGUCAAUCUCAAAAUGAUUUUGAUGAAAAUUCUAUAAAUAAAAGCAAAUCUUUUGAUGAUUUAACAAAAUUAAAUAAAAGAAUAAAUAAUCUUAAUCAACAAUUAUUAUCAACACCAGCUUAUCUUUUACCAUCAAUUGAUAAUUAUUGUAUUGAUUCAUUAAAACGAAUGCUUUUGCCAAUUGAUAAUCAAUAUGAAAAAAAUAUUCAUUUAAAUGAAAAUGUGUCAAUGGAUAAUUUAUCAACAAUGUCAGUUGAUUCUGAAGAAGAUAGUUGA